GUCCUGACCAACAUUACAAAACAGUAGUGUAGUGUAGUAGGCCUAAGUGUUCAUCCCGUGGCCUUGCACUAACUUGUUACCUUGGGAGCUCUGCUGAAACCAUAAUGGAAUAUCUACUCGGAAAAAAAUGUCUGUUCCUCAUUUGACAACAAUUGGGCAUAAAACUAGCUAACAGGGGAUUCAAAAAUUGUGUGGUAUUACCAACAAUUGUGGUCAAACAGCAAAUGUCAAUCAGAGAUUAAUUUAUGUAUCCCUAAAUGCAUUUUUGAAGCAAAUUCAAAGAGUGUAUUGAGUUGAUUCAGAUUAAGUACAAUCUAAUAGAGUUUAUUUGCAUCUUUGAUUAAAAGACACUAAAAAUGUGUGUAAUCUUAGGUUAUUCGGGGACUUUUAUUAACAUUUGGGUGGAUUCACGCAUGAUUGCUCCACAAUGUUGUGUGUGUGUACAUGUGUGUCCAUGUUUAUGUUUCAGGAAACUAUUCGACUUGGCCUCUCCUGUCUGCCUGAUGUCAAUCCUUACAUAGUAUUACUUGCUAUUACUCUAAAAAUGUGUUUGGGCAAAGAAACACUUACCCCGAACUCAAAUUUUUUUUUUUUUUUCCUUUUUACAGAGACAUAUCUCUAUUCUUGCCUUGUGGACUUCUUUACCAAAUGCAGCAGAUACAAAUGCGUGCAAAAAGGUUACCACUAUGGCGACCUGUUCAUGUCAUACAGAACCAUGUUCCAGGAUGUAAGAGACGCAAUGAACUUCAUUCAUGACACGGGCAUCCUCAAAGACCAGACCAUCAGGAAUAUUGACAAAUAUAUUAUACAAGACCCAAAUAUAAUCACUCUCUUGACCCGGAUUAAAAAAGUGGCCAAAGUUUUUCUUGCCACAAACAGUGACUACAAAUACACUGAGGCCAUUAUGACAUAUCUUCUUGAACACAAUGCCACGCAGUCUGGAGAUUCCCUGGAGUCGUGGCGCUCCUUCUUUGACCUCAUCGUUGUUGAUACGAGGAAGCCGCUGUUCUUCGCGGGGGGCACGGUGCUAAGACAAGUUGAGACGAACACAGGGAAACUUCGUAUCGGAACGUACACCGGUGCUCUCCAGCAUGGAACUGUGUACUCUGGAGGCUCGUCAAACAUAGUUUCCGACCUGCUGGACGUCAAAGGUAAAGACAUCCUCUAUGUGGGUGAUCAUAUCUUCGGCGACAUCCUCAAGUCCAAGAAACGGCAAGGCUGGAAAACGUUCCUGAUGGUUCCAGAGCUCAUCAAAGAGCAACAAGUUUGGGAGAAGAAGAAAAAUUGGUUUGAAGAGCUGAAAAGUCUUGACAUUUCCCUAGCUGAGAUUUACAAGCACUUGGACAGCGGUAGUGAGGAUACUCCUGACAUCAUCAGCAUUCAGAACAGAAUGACGAAUCUGACCACCUGGAUGGACAUGUCUUACGGUCAAAUGGGCAGCCUACUUCGAAGCGGCUCCAGACAGACGCUGUUUGCCAGCCAACUCAUGCGCUACGCCGACCUCUACGCGGCUAGCUGCCUCAGCCUGCUGCACUACCCCCUCAAUUACCUCUUCAUGGCUCCUCCUGUGCUGAUGCCCCACGAGGCCCCGGCGCACGGCUCUGUUGACUUUCUUUCAACGCCGCUAACCAACUGUCAGUGUGGGAAGGACAGGGGCUAAGAGCAGCGUUUAAAACAAGAGAACAUGAGGACACUUUCUAAAGAGCAUGGCAUGAAGAUGUUGCUGUUGGAAUAGUUUGGCAGCCAUGAGGAGAUAAUAUGUUGCCGAAAUGCACGGCUCCCUCUGCUGGAUGGGAGUUGCUAUUCACCCUCUAUUUAGUGAACCCUCAAUAAAUUCUAAGUCAGAAAAGUUGAAUCAU